UUCAUUGGAGUCUUCCCUCAAUCAAGGCAACUGCGGUCACCGACGAGCAGCCCACGUACUGUUGCUGAAAGAUUGAGCCUAUUCGCUAUUCAGAUCUGAAUCAUCAGCUGGAAAUGGCGAAGAAUCAUCGUCCCUCCACUGCGUUCGCUGUUUUCCUUCUCCUCCCGCUGUUCCUUAACGUCGUUGUCGUUCGCUGCAAAACCCUCAAAAGAGAUGUCAAAGCGUUGAAUGAAAUUAAGGCUUCUUUGGGAUGGAGGGUGGUCUAUUCAUGGGUUGGAGAUGACCCUUGUGGAGAUGGUGAUUUACCACCUUGGUCUGGAGUCACAUGUUCAACUCAGGGCGAUUACAGAGUAGUUACAGAAUUGGAAGUUUAUGCAGUGUCAAUCGUGGGGCCUUUCCCUGUUGCUGUGACCAAUUUGUUGGAUCUUACUAGGCUGGAUCUCCACAACAACAAGUUGACUGGACCUAUUCCUCCUCAAAUCGGGCGUUUGAAGCGCCUUAAAGUGCUUAAUUUGAGGUGGAACAAACUGCAAGAUGUGAUUCCUCUCGAGAUUGGUGAACUAAAGAGUCUAACACAUCUGUACCUGAGUUUUAAUAAUUUCAAAGGUGAAAUCCCCACAGAGCUAGCUAAUCUUCCUGAGCUACGUUAUCUCUAUCUACAUGAAAAUCGUUUUACUGGGCGGAUUCCUCCAGAAUUGGGCACUCUACAAAAUCUACGACACUUGGACGUUGGUAACAAUCAUUUGGUGGGAACUAUAAGGGAACUGAUACGUAUUGAGGGAUGCUUUCCAUCUCUUCGCAACCUUUAUCUGAAUAAUAACUACCUUACUGGUGGAAUCCCAACACAGCUAGCAAACUUGACAAAUUUGGAAAUCCUGCAUCUAUCCUACAACAAAAUGACUGGAAUUGUGCCAUUUGGACCUGCUCAUAUCCCCAGAUUAACCUAUUUAUACUUGGAUCACAAUCAAUUAACUGGGCGAAUUCCUGAUGCUUUCUAUAAGCACCCUUUCAUCAAAGAAAUGUAUAUUGAAGGAAACGCUUUCCGCCCAGGUGUGAACCCAAUUGGUUUCCACAAAGUCCUUGAAGUUUCUGAUACUGAAUUUCUGUUCUAGUCAAAGCAUCAAUGUAUUCUUUACUAUAGUAAUACUGUUUUCGUUUUCCUUUCUGAACAAAGACCCCUUCACUGGAGUUUACCUAGCUGAUACAAUAUAAGUUCUUAGGCGCCUAAGGAGUUGUUCAACUGUAUAUAUUGAGUCCCAAGAAUAAUGUUCGGGUUUUUCCAUUUUGUUAGAAUGUUUUCCAUGAUUCCGUUAUAGAAAAACCAAUUAAAGCAA